UAGAUAAAUUCAGAAUGACUAAGAUUAAUGACAUUCAUUUAGUGUCUAUGUUUAAGAAGUAUGUGUAGUAGUUUCAAAACUGUUUAAGGAGUGUGUUUAGUAGUUUCACAACUGUUAAUAUCAAGAAUACAUUCUUUAAUGGCGCUGCUAUUAAAAUUAUUUACCUUUUCAUGGCUAUGUAUAUACAUCAUAAAUGCUAUGUGUUUCUACAAGGACAACUCAACAAUCCAUCUAUCAUGUGACUUAGACGAUUCAUCGACCUCCGUCUCCUGGGUAAUCUCGGGCCCUAAUGGUACGAUCACUUUAUUUCACUGUAACACAUCUACAUGUCAAGAGGUGGACGCUAUGGGCAUUGAAUUCUCGGCUGCAACAAAUCUAGAUCACGAUCACAAGCAUAUAGUAAAUAGUACACUGACCGGCGUUCUGGUAAAUGGAAGUAUGGCCUUGUUGAGACAGUUCACAAAAUUACAUUGUGAGACAGAAAAUACAACUGUAACUGUCUGUAAUUCGUUUGAACAAUACGUUGAUCCUGAGAAUGUGACUUGUGAGCCUACGUUAGUUGUUGCAGACAUACUUGCAAUGGAUUGCGUCAUCAAUUAUGUGUUUCCUGUUGCAAGCUAUUCAAUCAAUAUCAUUGCAGACAAUGUGAGCGAGUCAGACAACUCUGUCAUUGAGAAUGUAUGUAGGUUUGUUAAUCCAAGCACUCAAAUGUUUUACCUGUACAUCCUGGACUGCCAAAUUGGAAUGAAUAUAACCCUUCUGGGUUCCGGACAUUAUCAGUUCAGUAUUACUGCAUCUGCCAACGUCAUUGAACCCAACAAAUUAUUUGUUCAAAGUAACAUAAUUAGCAUGCCAAUUUACGAUCAUAUUACUUCCGUUGUAUGUUUAAAACCUGAAUACGAUGCUGGGAAUUCAUUUCUGAUUGUCACUUGUUUGGCACCGUUAACAGUCCGUGACGUCGUCUGUAGGUUGAACUUACAAACAAAUGGAACGAUUUUUCACGACCGCUUCUCAGACAGUAGAAUGAGCAAACUUAUUCCAAGUGAAAAUGUUCUUAACACAUUUGCUGUAAAGUGCUCGUUUGACAUCUUCACUACAAAUCUAGGGAUAGGCAGUCACCAGUUCCAAGUUGACUUGUCAACAAGAAACAAUAGUGACCAAUGGGUCUUCAACACAAGUGACUGGACAUCCCCAAUACGUUAUUAUGCCCAAACACAGAUCAACUAUACUGUUAACGAUCACUCCGAUGGUGUAACCGUUAAAAUUGGGGACACUGUGACCUUCUACUGUUCUUCUGAUGGCUUUCCUCCACCGGCCAGAAGACUGCAGCUGGACAACUCUCCAUCUGAAAACGUGACCUACUUUAAUGGCACAGUAUUAAGUUUCACCAUCACAAACUGUCAACAGGCCGGCUUUUACUCUUGCGGGAGUUUCGGGCAUUUAGGUGUGAAUAACUAUAUACACAGGAGUGUCUUUGUCAACAUUAAAUGCCCACAGCAACUGUAUCCAAUAAAAGGUUGGAAAGGCAAUAGGCAAUACGUCGGCCAAUUUUUAGGCAAGACAGAACUAGACAUUACCGUUAUAGGCUACCCAGCACCUUCAACUAUGUUUUUAUACAAACUCGACCAUCCUGACCAAGCCAUUGUUUAUGACAAAGCUGCUGUAGUUUACAAAGGCGGUGACGGACCUUACGGAGACAUAGGUGUUAUAUUCAAAGAUCUAAGCCUAAUUCGAACAGAAACUAAUUUUACUUUAAAAGUCAACAACGGAGAGGGAGAUGCGACAUUUCUAGACUUUUCCAUUCAAGGUGACAACGGUGCUUCUGUGGUGCGUGCAAGUCUCUUAGCACUUGCUGUCAGUAUUGCACGUGCAUUAGCUUGACCAAAACACGUGGGACAAUUUCGUUCUAUUUUAUACAAGUCAUUGAGGGG